AGCAGAGCACGGUUCAGAAACGAAAGAGAGUUAGAGCACGGUUCGUCGCGGGGGAAGCAGAGCAGGAGAGGAGCUGACGCGGCGGCGGGGGCGAGACGGCGGGGAGGCAUGGACGGGCACGGCGGCGGAGCCGGUAAGCUGACGAGGACGCCGUCGUCGCUACUCCGGUCGCCUACCAUGCGCGCGGGUCCCGGCACCGCAUCGUUCCACGCGCUCGACGACCCGGAACCCGACGACAAGAAGGCGCAGGCGCCACUGGGCAAGCCUCGGGCGCUGCUCCGCCGUGCCCACCACCGGUUCUGCCCCGGCCCGGCCCAGUCCGCGCUCCUCCUCCUCCUCCCGGUCCUCGCGCUCGCCGCGCUGCUCAUGCGCGGGGGCGACGGCGGCCACCACCUCGCCCUCCUGGCGGCCGCGGCGGGGUUCGCCCUCGCCGCCGCGGCCGCUGUCGCGCGGCUCCGCGGCGCUUGCCCGCCCUCGCCGGCGCUCGAGGCCUCCGUGCGGUGGUUCAUCGGCGAAGAUGACGACGAGGAGCAGCGGGACUGGAAGCGGAGGGCGGGGCUCGGGCUGGGGCUGGGACUGGGGCGCCGCGCGGAGGUGCGGGAGGGCGUCGAGUUCUACAGCAACGGGGACCGCUACGAGGGGGAGUUCCACGGGGGCCGCUGCAGCGGCAGCGGCGUGUAUAGCUUCUUCGGGAAGGGCAAGUACGAGGGCGAUUGGGUGGAUGGCAAGUACGACGGCCACGACGUCGAGAGCUGGGCGCGCGGCAGCCGGUACCGCGGCCAGUACCGGCAGGGCCUUCGCCACGGCCACGGCGUCUACCGAUUCUACAGCGGCGACGGCUACGCUGGCGAGUGGGCCGGCGGCCAGAGUCACGGUAUCGGCGCCCAGACCUGCUCCGACGGCAGCACGUACGCCGGCGAGUUCAAGGGCGGCGUCAAGCACGGCCUAGGCUGCUACCAUUUCAGGUGAACACCGUG